ACUUUGAAGAGUUUAUUGUGUUACUACUAACAGAGAAGAAGAGUUCAAAUUCAGAUGAAAUAUUCUUCAUGAAUUUCUGUGAAAUACGCAAAGUUCUACCAUUUUUUCUUGGCAUUACAACUGGCAUUAUAAUAGUCACAUUGAAAUCAAAAUAUAACAAUGAUAAAAUUGUUUUAUGUUCAAAUGAUAAACAUCAUAACAUACAUGAUAAAUUGAAGGGAAGAGGAGAAAAAAUAGCUAAAAACCAAAAUAGUUUAUAUGAAAACGUGAAACAAACUUACUUAAUAGAUAUCGAAAAAGCAAGAAACUUGCACUCUUCUGUUCGUGUAUUGUGUUAUAUUAAUACAGUGCCAAAAACUCAUAGAAAGAAAGCAGUGCAUGUGAAAAAUAGUUGGGCGAAACGUUGUACAAAAUACUUGUUUAUGAGUAGUACAAAUGACAGUGAACUUCUAACUGUUAAGUUAAAUUUAAGUUACCCAGAAAGUCGUAAACACUUAUGGAGUAAAAUGCGAACAAUUCUUCGUUAUGUUUAUCAAUUUCGUAAUGACUAUGAUUAUUUUCUAAAAGCAGACGAUGAUACAUUUGUUGUAAUGGAGAACUUGCGAUCUGUGCUAAGUCGACACAAUCCCAGUGAUCCAUUUAUGAUGGGUUACCACUUUCCUUACAUUACAAAAAAUGGCUACUUUUCUGGAGGUGCAGGUUAUGUUCUAUCACGAGAAGCAUUGAAGCGUAUAGUUGAACAGGCUAUUGACAAACACCCAGACUGUCCAACAUAUGAUGAAGACAAAGAAGAUGUGAAAAUGAGUAAGUGUUAAAAAUGAAGUAAAACCUUAAAAGGCUGAAACCGAACAAAUAUAUUACUUCACUAAGUUUUGGCACUUAAAUAAAGACCAUCACUUUACUAUGAACUGAACGCUGCAACAUAGUAAAUACUCAGGUCAUCGGACUUGAAGGUUUAAAGGUUAAAACAUUGUAAGUCCUAGUGAAUUAGAUGAUUUUGACCUACCUAUUAUAAUCAAAGUCUGUAAUUGCUGUUUCUGUAGAUAUUAGAAGUAGACCACUACAAGUCGACUACUAUCAUUUCAACUUCACGACAAGGUCUUCAUUUGUUCCCCAGAAAAGAAUUUACUACGUUUUUGAAUCAAGAAUGGAAGUAUGAAGACUUAACCUGGAGAAGUCUCUGUUUUGUAGCUUUCGUCACUCAUCAGCAGUGCAUAUACUCAACCUCGAGUGUAUUCUUGCUACUAUAGUCAUAUAACUCAGUGGUGCAUGGAGCAAAAUAUAGCUGAAUUACUCUACCCAAUUUUAUGCUUUAGUUUCGACUAGCAAAUGUUACACUGUCAAGUCAAGUAUAGAUGGAAAUUUUGUCAUAUGGAUGUAGGGAAUUAGUUUUGAAUCCUUCUAUACUGGCGUAAAUAUGAAAAGUACUAUUUGAACAGGCCUUGACAUAAGAUAGAUCGGUACAUAACAACCAAUUGUGUUGCAAACAGAUGCUCAACUUUAAAAGUCUUUAGUCUUCCGUUUGUGAGAAAAAUAUCUGCAUCUCAUUAGCAUGUAGAGGUGAUUCAUAUAGCUUCAUUGUGAAAAAAGGCUUAUAUCAGCCAUCUGUUAAACUUAAAAUGCACCCAAGGUCAUCAUUUUAAGAAAGACGGAGUUCAUGUUCCAGCACAAACCAAAGCAAGGCAUUCCACUGUGUUUAACAAUUACAUGUAUGUAUGGACACAUGUACAUAUGGAGGAGUAAACAUGAUAUGCAGUUAAGGAUGGCUGAACAUGUACCUAAGUGGGUUCGAAAACAAAUGAUCUCAACAGAUCAGAUAAAUGCAGGUGGAAAACAUAUAUCUUCAUCUAUCGGCAAACAUAUGUUGUUAAUUAGUAUUACAUAAAGAUAGUCGGGACCGAGUGCUUAGUAACAUUGAAACUCUGGUCAUCCAUAAAUUCAAAGCUCCCUUAGAUGUAUAAAAACAAUUUGUACUCAUGUUGAAACUACCUUGUUAGUUGUCAUUUUCAUUUUAACUAUUUGUUGAUAUACUUGUAAUUCUCCGUUGAUAUACCAAGAGUGAUGUGGUUUAGACUUUCUCCUCUGCCCAUCCUAUUCCUAUAUUUCUUAUUAACUUAAUUAAGUCUUCUCCUUAAUUUUCAUAUUAUUAGUUUGAUAAGUCCAUGUAUGUGAUCAGUGUGUUAGAAAUAUAUAGCACUAUUAUAUCACAUGUUUCCGUUAUUCUUCGUCUUCUCAUUACGCUAUUUCCAAACAUUUUUCACUAUAUGUAUUGUGCAUAAGCAGGAUUCCUUGUACUUAGUUGACAAAUUUUAAUACUUAGACAGGAGAAAUGGUGUACCAGAUGGAAUUUAGAUUUACUUUAGUUUCUAGAAGUGCUCUAAACCAAAUAAAUAUAAAAGUUUUAGAAGCGAAAUUUCAACAAGAUUUUUAGUUAUCAUUUUGACCAUCUGAGAUAGCCAUGAUUUGGCAGACAAGUACUGAUACUAGGUGAUGACUGAAGGCGAAAUGAAACUAAGGACCACAACCCCGGUGGUCACUGAUUCGAAUUCGGCUGCAAUAUCUGCUUAAACCUCUUCAUCCUUUCAUUUUUACUUCAGUGUGUUUGAGAAUUCAUGAUACAUGUUGAAAAAUUUCACUUUUAAUCUCCAGGUAUGUGUGGUCAACCAGUUGGAGUGAAAUUAUAUCAUAUAGUUGAUUUAAAUGGAACAUUUCCAUUUACCUGGCGUAGAGAACAAAGAAAUCACUACCUUUUUCAAUGGCGUAAUCUUGAAAGCGAGUUCCUUAGCUUAGUUCAAGCAGAAAAACACUCGACGGAUCCAAAACGACCCAUGCCUUUACCAAGAAACUUCGAUCAUCUUCAUGAUCCAGGUGUAAGAGUUUUUAAAUGCUUAUGAACUAUGCUUUCUUAAAUCAUGUUGCACUUUUACACGUUUUCGUUCACUUAGUAGUUGAUUGGUCCAAUGUUUCGUCUUUACUUAUUUAUUCAGCAGAAUACUGACACACUUUUCUCUCAGUACUAAUUUAGAAUUUGUCUAAAACUGUAAGGAGCUCUAAAAUCCUAUUUUACUCAUCUUGAAAAAAAUCAAGUGAAAAUUAUUUCAGAUUGAAAUCUACUACUAGUAGUAGUAUCUUAAUCUUAGUGUGCCUAUUAGAUGUAUAUUGCAUACAGUGGGAUGAUAAUAUUUACUGGAUAACUUUUUGCACACAGUUUGGUAUUCGUAGUCACAACUUAGAUACAUGGUUGACACAGAAAUGGAACUGCAUAAGCCAUAUCUCAAGGCUGUGGAGUCACUUCAAAAUGAGUAUGGAAACGUUAACCAGUACACAGUACUGCUCCACUGUGUCACAUGUGGUAAAGUACCUAACUGGAAUGUGAAUUCUACCACAGUGUCCAUGGUUUCAUGAUUUAAUUCCUCUUUCUAGUGAUAAUUUAUUCUCUUGCACAUCAACCCACUCAAUUCUUGUGCCUUGUAUUCUCAUCCGUUAAUAUGUGUUCCUAUCACUUGAUUUCUCAUGAAUCCAUCGUUAUCACUUCCGACGUCCCUAUAUAUACUACUUAUAUGCAUUUGUUUAAGUAGCUCUCACCACAGUAGUAGUAUGAAUCAGUAAUAAUAACAAUACUAAUCCUAUCACAUUUCGAUAAAAAUCUUCAUCUAUGCUUCAAAAUAUUUCAUUCACUGAAAUUAAGUAUGCACAUAGAGCUUUUCUAAGUAUACUUUAGUUACUCAUAAUUAUUAAGGUGAAAACCAAAGGAAGUAAUCACUGAGUUCCAAUUCAAGUCAAUUUAUGUGAUCUCUAGUCUACUGAAAAGUUAGUUUCAGGUCUAGAGGUAUAUGCAAUGAAAGGCAAAAAUAAAGCUAAACUCCAUAAUAUGUAUCUCCCCUUAUGAAAUUUUACAUUUAUUCGGCGCCAUAUUGACUACACUGAAUGAUACUAGUCACUUAAGCAGUCUGUAUGAUUCCUUUUUCCCUAAUAAAUCUGCCACUGGAUACUGCUCACUGUCUUUCACUUUAGUUGUUUUUGUGUUACUGAAAGGAACUGAAAUGAUUUACUGCUUUAAACAGAACUCAAGUAAUUUUUUAAUUAACUGUAAGACAGAUCUUCGGGUUUAUGAGGGAGCAAGGAUUCCAUAGAGUUUACCAACUACCCUUCACGUUGAUUAUCAGUAUGAAACUUGCUUUAAGGUAUGGUUGUUCAGGAUUUACCCCAAGAAUUCAAAAAUCUUGUUAUUACUAAAGUUUUCUUACUGAGCAACGACGUUUGUUCUCCUUUGCGAGUGAAGUGGGCCAAAGGUAGCAGAUUUUACGAUGUAUUUAUUAUCAACCUCUGGUCUAUGAAAUUAUUUUCGAACUUACGAACUUUAAUAAUACGAUAAAUCCUGGCGAGAUUAUUAGUUUUCUACUUUCAAUUAGACACAUAAAAACCGUUUGAUUCAGUGUAUUAGAUCCAGUGUAGUCAUGUUUAGCCUUAUUCAUAAUAGUGUCUAUUGGUGUUAUUGCUUGUAUUGCUUGUAGCCACUGUCCAUCAUUACUAAACAUAGUGUCUGUUGGUCUCUGAAUUUCCUUAUACGGAUAUGUUAAGAGCAUUAAGAGACAGGAUCAUAUGAAAAAAUUAGGAAACCAACGGAAAACAAUAUGAAUAAGUUUAAAAAUAACUACAGUGGAUUUAAUGUUUCAAGUUAAACCGUUUGCAGAUGGGUCGAAAUGGUAUCAUUCAAAGCUGAAAACUAAUAAUCUCGGUGGGAUUUACGGUACUUUGAAACUUCAAAAACUAGGUUAUUCUACUAGAUCCAAAGUCGGAUUUGGAGUCACUCAAGGCUACAAGUUAUCUGAAUACUAAGCAUCGGUACUAAGUCCAGUCUAAACCAGUUUUAGUCUUUAUACUUAUACACUGACUGAGGUGCCUCUUAAAGAGGCUACAAAUGAGCUUGACAAUAAACAUAAGCUUAAGCUUUGAACUAAGGUAUCAUUUGAGGAUGUUAUGCUAGAAGCACAGUUAUGCCUGACUUCUACUGCCUAUAAGUUUCAGAAUAAAAUAUAGAAACAAUGAGUUGCUCUGACACCCCCCCCCCUUAGUGGCACACAUAUUCAGGCAUAGCUGGGCACGGAUAGUCCUCAUAAAAUUUAAUGCUACUCCAUACACGGUUUAUGUGUGUAGAUGACGUGAAAGCUUAUCCUUUAGGUUACUGGGAAACAUUAGAUGACUGGAGAAUACUAUCCUCAAAGUUGACGUGAAGAAAGCUUUCUUAGCGAGUUUGAAAUUCUUCUUUUCAAGGUAUCAGCAGAGAAGUUACCUUUGAAGUCAAGAUUCAUGCACAAUAUCUUCUUUGGAAGUGAAAUUGGUAUCUCUCUUUGCGGUUUCAGUCUCAAAUUCUUGUCCACAAAUCAUACUACACAUCCGUUUCCAGCCAAAACACUUUUAAGAAACGUGAAUCCUUUUUCUAAGCUAAUAGUGCUGCAUAUUUUUUGAAUGCGGUGGACAAAGGAUACGAUAAGUGUUUUUUUCGGCUUAUAGGUACCCAACUGAUCAUUCCAUAUUGAUUUCCGGCAUAUUUCCUUCAUAUCCGGUUAGUUACCUUGGCUUCAAUGCUCUUUUGUAACUAUAUGACAUUGCACUCCAUCGCAGUACCCAAAUUUUUGGAUUUAUCUCUAAUACUUUUCUUUCUUUUUCAUCCAUAGGAUUUGCUUAGUGAUCACUUGAUUAGUCUUCAUUAUGUUCAACCAUUUUACAUGUAUUUACUUGAAUUCAUUGUGUAUCAUUUGAGACCAAUCCAAGUUAUGGAUUAUUUGAACUAAUGUCAAGUAAAUGCAAACAAAAAAGAAGUGAAUUUUUGUUCAAUGGUUAAAAUCUGUAGACUGUUUUUAUGAUAAUUUUUGUUUUAAAAACUAAUAGUAGAUGUUUAAAAUUAGUGAGAACUGAAACAAAUAUGCAUUUUUUUUCUUCAAUGAAAGAGAUUUCAAGAUGGUAUGUAAGCUGUGGAGAGAUGUACAAGGGGGGAAUCGAUACACGAAACAAGUGAACUAUCCAGUCGGUAUAGCUUAUAUACCACCUGUAUCCGAUUAUGGCGAUUUCCACUGAUCUGAGAUGAAAAAACAGUAGUAGAUAAAGGUAAAACCGCAUAAAUGCAAAAAUACCAGGUGAUACACAAAAUAUCUUAGUAAUCGACAUUAAAGCGCCUCUUUUUGAAACACUUUCAAAACCUUUUUGUAAUGCAAGCAUGAGCGAGCAAACCAAAGACUAAAAGCGUAUCAGCACUAAUCAGACUCGUCUAGACCUCAAAACCUUACAUGAAAAAGUGGUAAAGUUUUUUAGUCGUUUGGCUCAGUAAGAUCAUCGACCAACACAUGUAGAUGACGCCUGGUCACUACUGCCAUUUAUUUCUUUACUAUCACAACCACUACUCUUUUAAACUAAAAAGCCUUCCUUCAUUUACUAUAGCAAUUGUUGCGCUGAUGAUUCUAGUGUGAAGAUGGCUGGGUCACAACCGUAAAACAUGCAUCAAAGGCUUUAGGUAUCCGAAGUUGAUGGCUAUUAAUGGACGGUGACCCACUGUUUUCACAUAAUGAGCACGUGGUGAAACAAAACAAAUUAUCUGAAAACCCCUUCUGGGAACUCCAUUUGACAGCACUGAUAUUUAUCUGAAUAUUUUCACCCGCAUUUUGGAUGUUAUCCUUUAACCCUAACUUAUGUUAUAUUCUUUUGUCAUUUACCUGUGUUCUUUGACUUCAAACUCAUUAUUCGUCUUUGUUUUGAUUGAGACCUAUCGUUAAUGCUUCACUUUUCUAUUGUAUGAUGCUAAACUGUCGACAGUAUGGCGUUGUCUAAUUGUUUCCGACAUUUUGUUUUGACUGAACUUAAGGUCGCUCUGUGAAGUGACUGCUUGUCUUUUGACUGUCUACUGGAAAUGUUUAUUGAUUAGUCUGAUUCUUGUCGAGUUUUGAUGCCAUUUUGUUGGGAAUAUUGUUGCUCUUUCUCAGGUAUUUAACAACUGUAUCUGGUCAAUCGAUUUUUUGCAGCAUUGUACGUAUUCCGUGCCUAGCGGCAUUGCUGAGGUACUUUUUUUAAUCUGUAUAUAGCUUGUUCUUGCUGAAUAGUACCACAGAUUCACCAU